AUGAGCCUCCCAGGAGAAAAUGUCGAGUUCUGUCCUACCCGGGCGAACCUGCAUUGGUCCCAAGCCCAAUAUGCCCACGUCGAGUUCGCCGAUUUUAAUAAUGUGCAGGUAGCCCAGUAUGGGGAGGUCAAGUUCUUCCAGCCAUCCGACUCGGAGGAUGAGAAUGCGCCUGAGGUAGACGCUGAGGGUAAGUUUCUGUCAAGUAUACAACAAAAGUGUGUGUGA